UUUCCCGUAUGCCUUCCCGCCACACCAAAAAAAUCUCGAUUCGACUCAACGUGACUCCUGAAUUAGGGACUGUUCUCCCUUGAAGCUCACAAAAGCAGGUAGAGCACGUUUCGUCAUCUCUUCCUUGUUGAUUGGCUCCUACCCUCGGAAUUAUUUUCAUAAUUAAUGCAAGUUGAACAAAUUCUUGACCAGAAUUAUGAGUUACAUGAAAGUGGUACUUUUCAUAUCAAUUUUCCAUCAGGGAUUUAGCUCUUCUUCAGGAUUUGAUCCCAUAGAUAAUUAUCUUAUAGACUGUGGAUCACCCACCAAUACCUCAGUCAGUGAUCGUGUUUUUAUAUCUGAUUAUACAGCUUCAAAGUUUCUUUCAACUCCUCAAGAUGUUCUUGCCAAUACCACCAAUAAAUCAACCAUUUCCUCUAGUGAUUCACCCUUAUAUCAAACAGCAAGAAUCUUCACCCAAACAUCAACCUACAAAUUUCCAAUCCUCCGUCAAGGUAGACACUGGAUUCGGCUACACUUCUCACCAUUUUCAUAUGAAGUAUAUGACAUGACCACUGCAAGAUUUUCGGUUUUCACCGAAAACCAUGUCGUCCUCUGUGACUUCUGCACGUAUGAUACCACUUGUCUUAAAGAAUUCUCUGUGAAUGUGACAUCAAAUAGUCUUGUCAUUACGCUCUCACCUACGGCAAAUUCAUUUGCAUUCUUGAACGCCGUAGAAGUUGUGUCGGUCCCUGAUGAGCUCAUUACCGAUGAUUCCGUAUCCAUUGUUGGCUCACUUGAUCAACACUUCAAAGGAUUGUCGAGUCAGGCAUUUGAGACGGUUGCGAGGGUAAACAUGGGUGGUCCAAUGGUGUUUUCCAAGAAUGACACCCUUUGGCGAACAUGGGUUCCCGACCAAAGUUUUCUGGUACACAAAGACAUUGUCAUAAAUGUGUCAAACAUUGACGCUGUUAAGUAUAUUACUGGAGGAAGGGCAACCCCUAAUAUUGCUCCAGCUAUAGUUUAUGGUACUGCCACAAUACCGGAUUUUCAACAUGAUCAGACUUUCAGAGAAAUUUUCAAUAUAACUUGGGAGUUCAAAGUGGAUCAAGGAUUUCAUUACCUCAUCAGAUUUCACUUUUGUGAUAUAAUAAGUGAACAUCUCAACUCUCUCUACUUCAAUCUGUAUAUAAAUUCCUGGAGUGUUGCUACCAAUCUUGACACCAGUGCUUUGUCCUCUUACUCGCUUGGAUCACCAUUCUACAUGGAUUAUGUUACAAUGUCAACUCUUAGCAAUAAGCUUCGUGCAACAAUUGGAUCUUCUAUUAUACAUGAUGAUUUCUCCUAUGGUAUUCUAAAUGGGUUGGAGAUCUUGAAAAUCAACAAUUCUAUAGGAAACUUGGGUUCUCCAGUUAUGUCUUCAACUAAGGAAAAGAAUAUUGCAGUGUUAUCAAUAGGCGUGAGUAUUGGGGGAUUCCUUGUAGUGACAAUGUCUGCAGUUUUAUUAUUGAUUAUCUGCAAAAAACUGAAAAAAUCACAAGCAUACAAGGGCCAUUCUAAGACAAUCGCCACUGCAAUCGAUGCUUCGGAGUAUGAGACUCGCAUUCCCUUUCCUAUCAUUCAAGAGGCUACGAACAAUUUCGACGAGAGCUGGGUUAUUGGGACCGGUGGCUUCGGGAAGGUAUACAAGGGAGUUUUGAGUGAUGGGACAAAAGUUGCAGUUAAGAGAAAAAAUCCGGGGUCUCAACAAGGGCUACAAGAAUUCCGCACCGAAAUCAAGAUGUUAUUGCUAUUUCGUCACCGCCAUCUUGUUUCAUUAAUUGGUUAUUGCGAUGAAGGGAAUGAGAUGAUCUUAAUAUAUGAAUAUAUGGAGAAUGGAGCACUAAGAAGUCAUUUGUAUGGCUCAGAACUCCAAACAUACCUAACUUGGAAGCAAAGGCUUGAAAUAUGUAUUGGUGCAGCUAGAGGAUUGCAUUACCUUCACACUGGCUUUGCCAAAGGAAUUAUCCACCGUGAUGUGAAGUCUGCAAAUAUUUUACUGGACGAGAACUUCAGAGCAAAAGUUGCGGAUUUCGGGCUCUCCAAGAUUGGGCCGGACGUGACUCAGGCAAAUCAUGUGAGCACGGCCGUGAAAGGGAGUUUUGGAUACUUUGAUCCUGAAUACUUUAGGAGGCGACGGCUGACGUUUAAAUCGGAUGUGUACUCAUUUGGGGUGGUUUUGUUUGAGGUACUAUGCGGAAGAGCAGCUGUGGAUUCGACCCUUCCAUCGGGAGGGAAAAUCAGUCCAGAAUCUCUCAAGAAAUUUGGAGAAAUCGCCGAGAAAUGCUUGGCGGAAUUAGGUGUCAAUAGGCCCUCAAUGGGAGAAGUUUUGCAGAGUUUGGAGUGUGCUCUCCGACUUGAAGAGGCUCGGAGAAACGCAUUAGUACUCACAUGAUUGAUGACAGAAAAAUUACAACAUUCUGUUUCUGCAUUUGAGUUUUCAAGUACUUGUGUUGGUGAUGAUCAUUGAAGCGGUUACAGAGCGAUUAAGUCCUUCUCAUUGCCAAUGAUGUUUGAAGAUAAGUGGCUACUUAGAGAUGAUCAUAAAUCUUAUGGCCUUGGAUUCUCUUGUUGAUACAACAAUUUAUGUGUUUUCUCCCAUCAACUCUACAUUUGAUUAUAAUUUGCCUAUAUCAUUCUUGUUCGUACAACAUUUUUACUACUUUCUUUCUGAAAGUCUCUUGAGGAAUAUAUAUCCACAAAUGUAACAUGGUCCGGACUAAGCAUGUAUACCUAUGUCUGUGAUUGAUCCUUUUCAAUUUGUAGCAUAGAAUAAGUUACAACAUACGAGGGUGAAGAGGGAUACAAAGAAGAAGAAGAAAUAAAAUGAUUCGUGCUUUGUGUGACGGGAAACUCUUUCCUUGUUCUGUU